CACCAAUAGAGAGAAACAGAGAGAGAGAGAGAAUUAAGGAGCAAGAGUAGUAACUUUUCUUGGCAUAGAGAGAAAGAGAAAGAGAGAGAUGGAGAAAGGGGACAAAAGGGUUCAGCUUUUUGAGGGUGAAAGUGAGAUCUUUUAAACGCACAUCCAUUUAGCAAAGAGGCAUAGUCUUAAACCACAAAGUGUGAAAAGAGAGAGAGAGAGAGAGAAACACAAGAAAAAAAAAAGACUUAAUGUGCACGCCAUUGUGGUGAGAAAGAAAGAUAGAGAGAAGAAAAUGAAGUUGCAAAGCUAACAACAACACAACCUCUCCAAAUUAGGGCUUUUAUUCUUUGCAAUCAUAUCUCUCUCACUCUUUCACUUCACUCACUCUCCAAACUCACACAGUGUUUGAGACAUGUUGGACUACGAAUGGGGAAACCCGUCUUCAAUAAUGCUAACAGGAAACGAGGAGACCGCAGCCGGAGCUUCCGACCAGACCCACCGUCAAAUCUUCGACCACUACGCCUCGCACUCGCUCAUCCCCGACCACUUUCUGCACGCGCCAACUCACUCCGCCGUCACCACUGCCGCGGCACCCACCGUCGACUUCACCAACCACCACCACCACUUCAACCCGCAGCCGCACCACCACCACAUCAACAACCACCACCACCACCCGUUCUUCGACCCACGCGCCUUCCACGGCGCGUCCUCCGCCUCCUACCCCCCACCCCCUUCCAUGCUCUCCCUUGACCCGCUUCCCCACGUCAACGCCACCAACUGCGGCCCCGGGCCCGGACCCGGCCCGGGCGGACUCCUCCUCGUUCCCAAGUCCGAGGACGUCGGUCGGCCCAUGGACUUUGUCGGCUCACGAAUUGGCCUAAAUCUCGGUGGGCGGACGUAUUUCUCCUCCUCCGAGGACGAUUUCGUGAGCCGUCUGUACCGUCGGUCUCGGCCGGCGGAAUCCGGUUCGGCGGCUUCCUCCAACUCCCCGCGCUGCCAGGCCGAGGGAUGCAAUGCUGAUCUGUCUCAGGCGAAGCACUACCACCGACGCCACAAGGUGUGCGAGUUCCACUCGAAAGCCGCCACCGUCAUCGCAGCCGGGUUGACUCAGCGAUUCUGCCAGCAAUGCAGCAGGUUCCAUCUUCUCUCUGAGUUUGAUAACGGAAAACGUAGCUGCAGGAAGAGAUUGGCAGAUCACAAUCGCCGCAGAAGAAAAACUCAGCAACCAUCUCAAGAAAUUCAGAAAUCUCAACCCUCUUUGGAUAAUGUUGCAAGAUCUCCACCUGACUCCGGAGCCCAGUCGUCGUCGGUGACGGUGGCGGUGUCCCCGCCGGACUAUUUCCGGCAGAGGCCGUAUCAGAGCACAAACCCUUCUACAAAUUCAAGCUCACUGUUUUUCUCCAGCGGGUAGUGCAUGUUGGAGCAGUUUAAUUUGCAUGGCUAAUCAACAUUUGCAAGGAAUUAACGAAGCAGCGUCAACAACAAUAAUGAUGAUAAUCAUAAAAAUAAUAAUAUAUAAUAUAUAGUGAACUAGUACUUCUACUUCUACUUCUUCUUCUUCUUCUUCCAUCAUCACCUGUAACUCCAAUCUUAGUUUCAAAGUUUGUAUUAAUCUGGCGUUAUUGAUCUGUACGAAUUGUGAUUUAAAGCAUCUAUGUUAAUGAGGCUUAAUUAAUGUGUUAA